AUGCAUAGGGGAAGCGCAAUGUUUCUAUCGGAUGGUAUUGAAGUAGGACACGUCUUUCGAAGAAAUCUUGCCGUUUUUGUUCGAUCGAGUUCUAGCCUUCUCAAUGAAGAUCUUACACCAGCUGCAUUUUGGCUAAGCAAUCCCAAUAAUAUUGUCGAAUUCAAUGCAGUAGCUGGUAGUACACAUUACGGUUACUGGUAUCGAUUAAGUGAUAAACCUGAAGGACUUUCCCUUUUAAAAAUUUCCGAUUAUUGUCCCAAUCGACAACCGUUCGGUCGCUUCUACAACAACAUCGUACAUAGUACGGGUCGCUUCGGAGUUUGGGUCUAUCCUGAAUAUGCUCCGACUAUUUCGGGUGCCUGCAAUGAUUCUCAACCAUCACAAGCGAUAUUCGACGGUUUGAUCGCAUGGAAAAAUAAUAAGGGUAUUGAAACAGUCAUGUCUCGCACAAUUCAAAUAAAAAAUGCAUUAGUCUUUGACAAUGCUGAUAUUGGUAUCGCCUGUAUUACAGCUGCAGGCCAUCAAGAAACGAAUCCACCCUAUUUGCGUGAAACAUUCUAUGAUACUCAUAUUGGUUCAUCGGUGAUUGACAGCAUAAUUAUUGGUGAUGUUGGCAUCUCAUCGACUCCAAUAGUUCCAUCUACUGCUGGUCUUGUUGGUGAGUGA